CUUCUCCGUCUUCAUCGCACUCUCGAUUUCGUGUGUGCACAACAAAGACCCUCAAAAUGCCUCCCUCACCACAAACAAGCAAGUUAACCAGCACCCUCCACCUCCUAAUCCCGCGCCUCCGCCUCCUCCAAAAAAAAGACACCGCCAGCAGUGUCAUCCAGCGCCGCGACCUGUCGGGCUUACUGGCGGAGGGCCGCGACUCGAGCGCCCGCAUCCGCGUCGAGAAUGUGAUCGCCACCGACAUCGCCGUCGAGGUCAUGGAGAUGAUCGAGCUGUACUGCGAGUUACUUUUGGCGCGGGCGAACGUACUCGACCAGGCGGCGUUCGGGGAGCGGGGGGCGCAGGCGCGGAAUCGCGCGAGGGUUGCUUCUUCCGCUGCCGCGGCCGGGAAACAGGUAUGGCAUGGUGGUGGUGGUGGUGGUGUGUCUGGGUCUGGGUCUGGGGAUACUCCUAGUGGGGGAAGCGGGGGCCGGUUCGCGUUCUUCGGCCUCGGGGCCAAACCCGCCAGCACCACCGCCACCGCAAGCGAGACUGCGGACCAUACCGGGGACGCGGGCCCCGCCGGGCAAGAAGAAUACCUCGACCCCGCCCUCGACGAGGCCGCCGCCGUCAUCUUCUACGCGUACCCGCGCUUCCCGCACGACGUGCGCGAGCUCACCAUCCUCCGCAAUCUGCUGGCGGAGCGCUGGGGCAAGGAGUUCAUGGCGCUGGCGCAGGAGGACGCCGUGCCGGGCGUGCGCGUGCCGAGCCGCGUGGCCAAGGCGCUGCGCGUGCGCGCCCCGUCGGCGGAGUUGGUGGACUGUUAUCUUAUGGAGAUUGCGCGGGCGUAUGGGGUGAAUUGGGGGGGUCGGGGUCAUCGUGUUGAGGGGGGUGCCCCGACGACUGCUGGAUUGGACGAUGUGCCGGGGCAUGAUGGUGGUGAUGGUGCCGGUGGUUAUGAUGGUGAAGGGGGACACGGUGAUGGUGGUGAUGGUGACAUUCCUUCUACGCCGCGACGCUCACCAACCGAAAACGAAGCGCGUCGGGCUUCCGAAACACUCGCGCUCAAUCAGGCGACGCCGCCGCGGGGGUUGCAGACCCAAGCCAAAAGUCCCGUGAGUGUGGCGCCGCCUGGGCCGCGGUUGGAUAAUCUGCAUCCGCGCGUCAAGGUGCCCGGGGAUUCGUCCUCAACCUUGUCCUCGACGGCGGUGGGGGAGACUGCCAGAACGAAGAGUGAGAUACCUGAGUUGGAUGAGUUGACCAGGCGGUUUGCUGCGUUGCGGCGGUAGCUCUCCCGGAAUGUCAUUGGCGCCGGUGGUGGUGGUUACGCUUCGUGGGCAUACUUCUUACGCGUCUAUUAUACCUCUGGUUUGGAAUGAAUCAAUCAUAUUCAUCAUCUAU